UCCCCGCUGUAUAUUCCCAGCAAAUUCGUUAGGUAUUCUCUGUGUUCUGUCCAAAGAUACGUUUUAGUGUUAAAAUAAAAUGAGUAUAGGCAGUUAAAGUGAAUAUUGUAGCUCGCAAUGGGUGUGCACGAAAUGUACUUUUUGGUUUGCGCCGUGGGAAUAGUAGCUGCGAAUCCGGAGCAAAUGUACCAAGAGAACAGGCUGAUAGCGAAGUCGAUAGUGGAGGCGCUGCAGGACUCCAAGUAUGAAGACGAGCUGCUCUUCGACCUCAAGAAGGAGAACCAGGUCUACAUCAAUCGCACCAUGUCGUUGAUCAUCAAGUAUAUCGUCAAACGAGAGGUGGACAACUAUCGUGCGCGGCGCACCGACGCGAUCAGCCGUCGCAUCUACUCAGCACUCAUCAUGAAGCUGAUAGACAUUGCUAAGGACCUACCGCGGAACACGACCGCCGCGGCCCGGAUAGACACGGCGCACAGAUACUACAUGUCCGUGGAGUCGCGCGACAUGCACGACAAGAUGGCCGACGUGCAGGUGUUCCAUGCGUGUGCGCGCCUCUACGACAUCAUGUUCACUGCUCCUCGUAUCCUGGCACAACUGGGCAAGUUGGACGACCUGACGCCGCGAUCCCUGGUUAGGAAACUCUCCAUGCUCGAGAUUAAGCCUGUGCAUCUUGGAGUAGCGCUGCUGAUCCAGUACCACCUUCGAAACACAGUGAACUUCGCCAUCAAGUCAAAAGCCAUCGACAUCCUGGCAACGAAACCAUCUGCCGUGGGUCCCCAGGUCAUCGACAUGCUGAAGGCUAUAGCCACGAGGCUGCUGCCGGUCGCGGAGCUGCUGGACGUACACCUAGCGCACUCCAGCCCUGCCUUCAAGGACACCUGCCCGUCGACCUGGCUCGGCAUCGUCAAUAAUAAACAGCCUUGAA